GCCCGCGGGGAGGUGGCGGGGCGGCCCUGAGGGCGGGCGGCCGGCAGCGGAAGGACCGGGCCUUCCUUUCCCCGGGACAUUGUUAGGCCGGCCUGGGGCAGGCUCCUCCUCGGCGGUGCUGCCCCUCAGAGAGCUCGGGCCGGGCGCUGAGCGCUGGGUAACGUGGGCCAGGUGCACACACAGACCUCGGGGAUGGCGCUUCCGAGCGCUUUCCUCUUUCCGCCGGGGAGAGCCCGCAGCAAAAGCGGCCGCGUGCUCCUCCCACGGGGGGCAGAAACUGCAGAAGCUCCCACCAGGAAUUGCUGCGGAUUGAUGGAUGAGAUCCCCAAGUUCCGUCAGCAGCCCUGUCAUUUGAACCUACCGAGGGAGAUCUUCACAGAAACUCCUAAAGGCUUCAAAGAUUUAUUUUGGGCAAAAUAAAUGAGAUAAGUUGUUUUGAUAAAGUAAAAUGGAUCCUUGUUCAGUUGGAGUUCAGCUCCAGGCUACCAAUGAAUGCCACAAGAUCUAUUACACCCGUCACACGGGCUUCAAGACCAAACAAGAUAUCUCUUCCUCUGACCUCCUGCUGCUUCAGCUGAGGACUGGGAUAACCCUGUCAGAGAACAACACAAUCUGCCUCCACCAUGCCAAAGUUUACAUUGAGAGGUUUGAAGACUUACAAAAAUCCUGUUGUGAUCCCUUUAACAUCCACAGAAAAGUGUCAAAGAAAAACUUGCGAGCAAUUGACUUAGACGAUGCGGCUUUUCUGAGUGCCAAGUUUGGGAGGCAGUUUGUUCCUGGUUGGAAGCUUUGUCCCAAAUGCAUGCAGAUAAUAAAUGGAAAUGUGGAUGUGGAACCUGAGGAGCGACAAAGGAGAAGGCUGGAUCCAGAUGGGCGUACAGCUAAGGCUUUAAAGUCUCUCCAGUUUGCUAACCCAGGACGACAGACUGAGUUCACUCCAGAGACCAGUAAAAGGGAAAAAAGAAGGCAAACAAAAAUCUCAGUGUUUAAUUCAGACAGGCAAGUUAUCCCAGCCAAGAGUAAGGUGUAUGACAGCCAGGGGCUGCUGCUGUACAGCGGGAUGGACCUGUGUGACUGCCUGGACGAGGAUUGCCUGGGCUGCUUCUACGCCUGCCCCAAGUGCGGCUCCAACAAGUGCGGCACCGAGUGCCGCUGCGACCGCAAGUGGCUCUACGAGCAGAUCGAGAUAGAGGGCGGGGAGAUCAUCAGGAACAAGCACAUGGGCUAGGGCCAUGGGCAUGACUCCAUCCUGAGCGGAUGGGCCACGCUUCGGUUCAACACAGCACAUGCAGUGUUUAGUUUAGUUUCAUGGAAGCUCUUGGGACUUGUCAGGACCACGUGACGAAUGUGCUCACUUCCACAGUAAUUUUCAGCGUGGUUGUGGACAUAACGGUUCUGCUGUCUUUUCACACUUGAGUUCUGCACUGUAACUGCUUCUUACUCAUCCAGGUGGGAUCUCACUGAGCAGCUGUAGUCAAGUACAAGGUGCUGAAUUCUAAUGCGAUCUAUCCUGAGCCACUCACUAUUCUUUCAUACAUUGUUCUGUGGAAGGUACCAUCUCUGUGUAUCCCUCAUUUCUCCUUCUCAAAUUCAGGACCUCGCAGGUUUUAAUCUGUUCUAUGUCAAAGUUCUCAAUGAGUUGACAUGCAGUAUUAAUAGAGUUCUCUUUCUAGUAUUAAUAGUGAAUACUGUCUCUUCCAUAGAGUAUUGAAGCUACAUCUGAUCAAUCCAAUCCUGUUCACUUAAAAAGGAGUCAGAAGCAUUUAGGUGUUCAGGUCUCAUCCCAAUUAGUGGGAUUUGAGGUCAAGUUAUCCUUAUUAAUUCAUAAGGAUAUGAAUUCAUACAAAUUUAUAUUAAAAUAUUGAAAUUAACCUGUCAAGGCAUUGUGUUAAAGUAAUAAGUAAUACUCUUGGUUUCUGUAGAAAGUAAAAUAUAAGUAAAAUUGUUGGUUUCUGUAGAACAAAAUUAAAAUAAUUUUGCUCUGUUAUCAGUCUGUAAUUGGACUGAACCAGUACUUCAGCAGCCCUCUCCCAGUUUUUUUCUUUUUACUGAUUUUAAAGGUUUAAAUGCAGGUGAAAUGAACUUGAGUGUCUGUUUCCAAACCAAGAUUAUCUAGACUGUUACCAAAAAACCCAGAUGAAUGGAAAGUAUCUUCAGUUGAUACAUUCUCUGUCCUCAUAAUAUUAAACUUUUACACUAUAACGAGGCUUUUGGAAAAGCUUUAUAAAUUAAAUUUUAGUAACAUUUUCAUUCUUUGUAUUUUUGUUGUGUUUUGUAUAAAUUUCCUAUCCUUUGAUGACUUGGAAGAUCUGCAUGUUUGUUGGGUCACAUUAUUUCAAUAAUACUGUUAAGUUCAUGCAGACUUACUUGGUAAAGUUGUAUAACCUUGCAAUGUGCUCAGCAGAUCUUUCUCUGUUCUGGUGUCAUGAAUGUUGCCUUGCCAAAAUCCAAAGUUGUGCUUUGACUUAUGCUGACAUCUGCUGGUCCUGCUGGAGUAUAAGCACUGAGAUGCUACAGUUUUAUUAAAUCUGUUCUAAAAAUAA